AUGUCUGAUAAUGGGGACAUUGAGGACAAGCCCCCAGCCCCACCCAUGAGGAACACCAGCACUCUGAUUGGCUCCUGCAUCAAAGAUCCCGCCCCCCAUGGCUCCAAGCCCCUCCCCCCCAACCCAGAGGACAGGAAGAAGAAAGAUCGUUCCAUCAGGUCCAUCCUGACAGGAGGAGGAGACAAGAGUGAGUCCUGUAUGUGUGCAACUGUGCAAGACUGUGCGUGUGUGCAACGAAGGGAGGUAACAAGGGGGAAUAUGACAGACAUCCAAAUCCCCCAGGAUACCUUGCGGUAGCUUGCAUGGUUAGCCUUCCCAUGAGCCUCGGGGGGGGUGUCUCUCGAGACUCUGCUGCUGCCUCUAACAAUAUGCUCCCUCUUUCUCUCCUCUCUCCAUUUCUCUCCUAAUUUUAUCUCUUUCUCUCACUCUCACUCUCUCUCUCUCUCUCUCUCUCUCUCUCUCUCCCUCUCUCUCUUUAUCUCUCUCUCCCCCUUCUCUCUCUCAGCCAACAAGAAGAAGGAGCGUCCGGAGAUCUCUCUGCCUUCUGAUUUUGAACACACCAUCCACGUGGGCUUCGAUGCAGUCACUGGAGAGUUCACAGUGAGUCUAUGUGCUCUACAUCUAUGCUCUACUAGGGUCUGUCUAUGUGCUCUAGAUCUAGGGUCUGUAUCUGGAAGUGCUCUAGAUCUAGGGUCUGUAUCUAGUAGGGUGUUUAACUAUGAUUCAGCUGAUCAACUAUGGCCUGUGUAGGACAGUGGAGGCUCCUCAUUGGAGGGAAUUUCAUUAAUAAAUAUAUAUAUUUUUUAGAUAAAACUAUACUAAAUAUAAUCAUGUCACCAAAUAAUUGAUUAAAACACACUAUUUUGCAAAGAAGGUCUACAGUAGCCUCAACAGCACUCUGUAGGGUAGCACCAUGGUGUAGCCGGAGGACAGCUAGCUUCCGUCCUCCUCUGAGUACAUUGACUUCAAUACAAAACCGAGGAGGCUCAUAGUUCUCACCCCCUUCCAUAGAUUUACACAGUAAUUAUGACAACUUCCAGAGGACGUCCUCCAACCAAUCAGAGCUGUUGCAGCAUGGACUGCCAUGUUGUCCAUCCAAUCAAAGGAUCAGAGAAUUAAUCUAGUACUGAAAGCAUAAGCUACAGCUAGCUAGCACUGCAGUGCAUAAAAUGUGGCGAGUAGUUGACUCAAAGAGAGAGAAAGAAAAUAGUUGAACAGUUUUAAACAAAACAUUUUUUUUCAGUUUCACUUACUUAGCUAGCAAAUGCAGCUAGCUAUUUUAGCCUACUGAAACACCCUGCUCAAACAAAGGGAUGCUAUGUUAGCUAGCUGGCUAUGACUAUCCAACACAACACUGGAACUCUUCCAAGUCAAGGUAAGCUUUUGGUUUAACUAAUUUAUUGCCACCGGGGCCCGCCAGUGUACCUGCUUACUGACUAUAUACACUGUAAUGUUACUGCAUGAUUGUAGCGUGUUUACUAACGUGUUAGUUCUAUUAGCUAUGUUGACUAGGACGUAACUUUAGCUAAUAUGGUGACAACGAUGUAGGCUGUGUGUAGCGGUUUGGCUUGGAGAAAAAGAAAACAAAUUGUCCUCCCUUAUCUGAAACGGAGCAGACCGCCACUGGUGUAGGAGUAUCUGUUCUCGGGUACUAUAACUGAGUUAGAGCAGGAAUGACUUUAGCCUGUUUUCUUCACUCUAAAGCUAACUAGUUACAGCACAAUACUUCCACUUACUCCUAAUCUCUCUCUGCUGCAUCCCAAAUGGCACCCUAAUACCUAUAUAGUGCACUACUUUUGACUAGAGUCCUAUGGGCCCUUGUCAAAAUGUGUGCACUGUAUAGGGAAUAUGGAACCAUUUCAGACGCAUCCUCUCUAUUUCACUAUUACCCACCGUCAUUGCCUCUUUCUCCCUCUCUGUCUGUCUGUAAUAGGGGGAGAUCUUAGGCGAAUGGAGUGAGUGAGUAGAGGGAGAGAGAUGCAGAGGAGAAUGAAAGGUAGAGGAAUGAGAGAGGCAGAGAGGGGGAGAUACUGUAGGAUGGAGAUAUGACCCAGUUCUCUGACCACUGCAGACACGACAUCUCUGUCUUGUUACUAACCGUGUGUGUGUAGGGCAUGCCGGAGCAAUGGGCUCGGUUGCUCCAGACCUCUAACAUCACUAAGCUGGAACAGAAGAAGAAUCCUCAGGCUGUCCUUGACGUUCUCAAAUUCUACGACUCCAAGGAGACCAACAACAGCCAGAAAUACAUGAGCUUUACAGGUACACACACACACACACACACACACACACACACACAAAUGCUCGCACACACUAGCAUGUAUACGCACACACAAAAACACAAACACACACAUUCACAUGUAAACACACACACUAUUUGUCAGAACUUGAUCUCUUCAUCCUGUUUUCCUUCUCCUCUACAGACAAGAGUUCAGACAACUACAGCUGUUCCAACACUGCCGUAAGUCUCCUGACACAUCUCUGCUUUAGUCCCAAAUGGCAUCCUAUUCCAUAUAUAGUGCACAACUUUUGAUCAGGGCCCAUCACCACAAUUCUGCCCUAUGAGCCAUGGUCAAAAGUAGUGUACUAUAUAGGGUGCAUUUUGAUACGAACAUAUCUGUUUGUUUACUAAGCUAUCAAUGUGUGUUUAGGGCAUCUGCAUUUAGAUGAAGAAUGGCAAAUAUGAUUGGAGGGAUAGAGAGAAACAGGGGAUAAACAGAGAGAAUGAGAGGAUAAGAGAUGGUUGAAGAGAGAGCAGAGGAAGACAUGGAGAGGUGUGCCGGUCAACAGUCUGUGAGACGCACUCUUCCCUGGCUCUACUUCUCUCUCCCUCUUUCUGCACUGUCUGUGAAUCAGGAUAUUUCCCCCAUUUCAUUCACGCUCACUAUCUGCCUGGCUGUCCUGCAGUCAUAGUCAGUCAGGGGGAGAGAGAGGGGGAGAGAGGGGGAGGAAGGUAGGGAGAAGAAAGGGGGAGAAGGAGAGGGAGGGAGGGAAAGGGAGUAUUAACAACAGGAAAAGGAAGUGAGCUAACUGGAAGUGAUGUCACAUCCUCCUCAGAGCUCCAAGGCUGUGUCAGAGACGCCCGCCAUAGCAACCGUAUCGGAAGACGAGGAUGAAGAUGAGGCCACGCCCCCUCCUGUUGUCGCUCCCCGACCAGAACACACCAAAUCAGUAAGACACACACACACACACAUACAUACACACACACAUACACUCAGCCCCCUGGCUCCAGACAGGGUAAAUAAAGUAACACUCUCCUCGUGCUGCUCCUCACUAACAGACUCAGCAUUGUGUGUGUGUGUGUGUGUGACGAUCAUGGGCGGCAGCAGGAGGCUGAAUUGAGAUACUAAACUCACACUGUCUCUCUGUUCACUCUGUUGUCACAGAAAACACACACACAUACACACAUACACACACCAGAGAAAUCCCGUAGAGAAGUCUGUUCUCUGAUUGGCUGUGAGGGUUUUUUUUUUCGGUCCGAACUGAAGUGGCGUCUGAGACAGGGCUACUGCCAUGGCGCCACUGUUGCCACAGUGAUUUAGCAGCUCAGCGCACCUGACUGGGACACACAGACACCGUAACAUAAGGAACAGGAACUGAGCUAUAGCUCAGAAGGCUAACAGUCCUUAUCUCUCCGUUCCCUCUCCCUCCCUUUUAUCUCCUUCCCUCCUCCUCUCUUUCCCUCCCACCUCUCCCCCCCUCUCUUUCGCCUCAGAUAUACACUCGUUCUGUGAUAGAUCCCCUCCCAUCCCCUCCCACCAGAGACGUUGCCACAUCGCCUAUCUCCCCCCCACCUCCGGAGGGCGCCACCUCUGCCAUCACGCCCCCCACUAGCCCCACCCCUAGUCCUGCCCCUGGCCCCUCUGUGCCACGCCCCGCAGACAAAACACGCAAGAAGAAGAUGUCUGAUGAAGAGAUACUGGAGAAACUACGUAAGUAACACACACACAGACACACACACAGGUGGUCUGAAAGUUGCAAUAGAAGUGAACUGCGCUGGCUGCUGGUUUCAGAUCCCAGGCACCAUCUCCUGUCAUUGUGCCGUAAGGUACUCUGUAGUGAUGAAUGGUGUGUAUACUCUAAUCCAAUGGGGGAGGGGUGUGUGUGUGUGUGUGUGUGUGUGGGUGUGUGUGUAUAACUAGUUCAACUAUAUCAUCCUGUGACACUCCAUGCCUCAGAUGUACUCAGGUCUCCCUCUACUGGUAAGAAACAAAACUGUCACUCAGACAUAUCCUCCCGCCCUCCUGUCCAACCCUGGCAUCUGAUUGGUCCUCUUCUCUCUCUACCACCCAAUCUCCUGGAGUUACCGAGUGAUUCUGUGAAAUUUCGUAUCUGACAGUCUCAUCUCCUCCUGUCUACUCAACAAGAUGUUCUGUCUGUUACUGUCUCUCUUCUCUCACUCUAUCUUUCUCUUGCUCGCUCUCACUCUCUCUCUCUCUCUCUCUCUCUCUCUCUCUCUCUCUCUCUCUCUCUCUCGCUCUCUCUCUCUCUCGCUCUCUCUGUGUGUGUGUUUGACUCUUCACUCUGUCUUUCUGUUUCAUUUAUUAACCUCACUUCUCUCCCUUCUUCCCUACUUCCCUCCUCUCAGGGAGUAUAGUCAGUGUGGGAGACCCCAAGAAGAAAUACACGCGCUUCGAGAAGAUUGGACAGGGGUGAGUCUACACUACACACACAUACACACACACACACACACACACACUUCUUAACUUUGAAAUGAAAGAAGUCUCUCUCUCCCCUCCUCUCUUUCCUUCUCCCUCCCCCCUCCAGUGCGUCAGGUACGGUAUAUACAGCCAUAGACAUCGCUACAGGCCAGGAGGUGGCCAUUAAACAGAUGAACCUGCAGCAGCAGCCCAAGAAGGAGCUCAUCAUCAACGAGAUACUGGUCAUGAGGGAAAACAAGAACCCCAACAUUGUUAACUACCUGGACAGGUGAGACACACACCCCAACAUUGUUUACUAGACAGGUGAGACACGCAUACAAACACACACACACUUUCAGAUGUAAACACACACACAUUAGUUGUGAGAGCUACAGUGGGGAGAACAAGUAUUUGAUACACUGCCGAUUUUGCAGGUUUUCCUACUUACAAAGCAUGUAGAGGUCUGUAAUUUUUAUCAUGGGUACACUUCAACUGUGAGAGACGGAAAUCCAGAAAAUCACAUUGUAUGAUUUUUAAGUAAUUAAUUUGCAUUUUAUUGCAUGACAUAAGUAUUUGAUCACCUACCAACCAGUAAGAAUUUUGGCUCUCACAGACCUGUUCGUUUUUCUUUAAGAAGCCCUCCUGUUCUCCACUCAUUACCUGUAUUAACUGCACCUGUUUGAACUUGUUACCUGUAUAAAAGACACCUUUCCACACACUCAAUCAAACAGACUCCAACCUCUCCACACUGGCCAAGACCAGAGAGCUGUGUAAGGACAUCAGGGAUAAAAUUGUAGACCUGCACAAGGCUGGGAUGGGCUACAGGACAAUAGGCAAGCAGCUUGGUGAGAAGGCAACAACUGUUGGCGCAAUUAUUAGAAAAUAGAAGAAGUUCAAGAUGACGGUCAAUCACCCUCGGUCUGGGGCUCCAUGCAAGAUCUCACCUCGUGGGGCAUCAAUGAUCAUGAGGAAGGUAGGGGUCAGCCCAGAACUACACGGCAGGACCUGGUCAAUGACCUGAAGAGAGCUGGGACCACAGUCUCAAAGAAAACCAUUAGUAACAUACUACGCCGUCAUGGAUUAAAAUCCUGCAGCGCACGCAAGGUCCCCCAGCUCAAGCCAGCGCAUGUCCAGGCCCCUCUGAAGUUUGCCAAUGACCAUCUGGAUGAUCCAGAGGAGGAAUGGGAGAAGGUCAUGUGGUCUGAUGAGACAAAAAUAGAGCUUUUUGGUCUAAACUCCACUCGCCGUGUUUGGAGGAAGAAGAAGGAUGAGUACAACCCCAAGAACACCAUCCCAACCGUGAAGCAUGGAGGUGGAAACAUCAUUCUUUGGGGAUGCUUUUCUGCAAAGGGGACAGGACGACUGCACCGUAUUGAGGGGAGGAUGGAUGGGGCCAUGUAUCGCGAGAUCUUGGCCAACAACCUCCUUCCCUCAGUAAGAGCAUUGAAGAUGGGUCGUGGCUGGGUCUUCCAGCAUGACAACGACCCGAAACACACAGCCAGGGCAACUAAGGAGUGGCUCCAUAAGAAGCAUCUCAAGGUCCUGGAGUGGCCUAGCCAGUCUCCAGACCUGAACCCAAUAGAACAUCUUUGGAGGGAGCUGAAGGUCCGUAUUGCCCAGUGACAGCCCCGAAACCUGAAGGAUCUGGAGAAGUUCUGUAUGGAGGAGUGGGCCAAAAUCCCUGCUGCAAUGUGUGCAAACCUGGUCAAGACCUACAGGAAACGUAUGAUCUCUGUAAUUGCAAACAAAGGUUUCUGUACCAAAUAUUAAGUUCUGCUUUUCUGAUGUAUCAAAUGCUUAUGUCAUGCAAUAAAAUGCAAAUUAAUUACUUAAAAAUCAUUCAAUGUGAUUUUCUGGAUUUUUGUUUUAGAUUCCGUCUCUCACAGUUGAAGUGUACCUAUGAUAAAAAUUACAGACCUCUACAUGGUUUGUAAGUAGGAAAACCUGCAAAAUCGGCAGUGUAUCAAAUACUUGUUCUCCUCACUGUAGAUAUCUUCAUCUUGUCUUUGGCUCCUUCUUUUUCACACACAGACACAACCUAACUGUCCCUCACACCCUCUCAUAUCUUCCCCUUACCAUUGAGGAACUGGUACAGUGGUGAUAUUUGAUGUUACCAUGGUAAUAUGGGUGUGGUUGUUGUGUUUAUGUAGUUACCUGGUGGGAGAGGAGCUGUGGGUGGUGAUGGAGUAUCUGGCUGGAGGUUCUCUGACUGACGUCGUCACUGAAACCUGUAUGGACGAGGCUCAGAUCGCUGCUGUGUGUCGGGAGGUCAGUGCUGCUGCGUGUGUGUGUGUGUGUGUGUGUGUGUGUGUGUGUACCUGGCUUGUCGGCCUGCUUGCUAAUUCAGAAAGUGAUGCCUUGAGCACUUUUGUACAUCUCUCUCUCUCUCUCGCUCUCCAGUGUCUGCAGGCCUUGGAGUUCCUCCAUUCUAACCAGGUGAUCCAUCGCGAUAUCAAGAGUGACAACAUCCUUCUGGGAAUGGACGGAUCAGUGAAACUCAGUAUGUAACACACACACACUUGGGGUUGGAGAUGUAACACACACACACUUGGGGUUGGAGAUGUAACACACACACACUUGGGGUUGGAGAUGGGGGCAUUAAUGGGCAGUGUCUCCAUUUGACCAGCAGAGGGAGCUCAUAGUCUGUGUUCUAAUGUAGCACUACCACUGUGCCAUUUCAUAUAUUUAGCCUUAUAUAGUGCAUUUGAGUGCAAUGUCCUAUUCUAACAUGUGUUCUCUCUCUCCUCUCUAGCUGACUUUGGGUUCUGUGCCCAGAUCACUCCAGAGCAGAGUAAGAGGAGCACCAUGGUGGGGACUCCCUAUUGGAUGGCUCCAGAGGUGGUGACCAGGAAGGCUUACGGUCCUAAAGUUGACAUCUGGUCUCUAGGCAUCAUGGCUAUAGAGAUGGUGGAGGGAGAACCCCCUUACCUCAAUGAGAACCCACUAAGGGUAAGCGAGAGAGAGAGCGAGAGUGUGUGUGCGUGUCACUGUCUGUGUGUGUCUAUAACGGCCCCUGUCUGUCCUGUCAUAUCUCCUAGGCAUUGUAUCUGAUUGCGACCAACGGGACUCCAGAGCUUCAGAACCCAGAGAAACUGUCCUCAGUCUUCAGAGACUUCCUCACUUGCUGCCUGGAGAUGGAUGUGGAGAAGAGAGGGAGCGCUAAAGACCUACUACAGGUAGAGAGGGAGGAAUAGAGGGAGGAAUAGAGGGAGGAAGAGCGGGAGGUUGGAUAGGGGAAGUGUGUGUGUGGUGCAUAAGGUUGGUUUGAGCAUCAAACCACAUUACUAGUUUUACCAGUAAUAAAACUAAACCCAUCUCUCCUCUCUUCCUCCUCUUCACUCAUCCACAGCACCAGUUCCUGAAGGUGGCCAAGCCUUUAUCCAGUCUGACUCCUCUCAUCCUGGCAGCCAAAGAAGCAGCCAAGGCUAACCGCUAA